GAACCAGGCAAGUUCAUGUGGACAAGGGAGGAGUCGUUGUCGUCAGUCAUCUCCACUGAAAUGGUUGAUCUGCCUGUUUCCAAGAUCAUGGCUAAGAUGGAAGAUGAGUUUGGUGUAGAAGGUUGCGUGUCUCUUUGUAUAUAUAUAUAUGUGUGUGUGUAUGUGUUAUGUGAUGUUUUUUUUAUUAUUUUUAUUGACGAUGGCGACGAUGAUGAUAAUGAUACCCUUGAUGAAACUUACCUAACUAGGGAUGAGUUUAAUUUGCACAAGUUGAUCAUAGCUGUUACUUCUGCUGGCAAGAUUUUCGGGAUAGACAGCAACAGUGGAAAGAACAUAUGGAAGAUUUAUGUUGAGGACUUGUCUCCAUACAAAGUCAUGAGCGGUCAGCACGUUCUUCCACUGUUCGUGCAGAGAAGUAGCUCUCACUUUCCUCAUCAACCUCUCUGUACUGUCAUUGGCAGAAGCAAAGCUACAGGAAAGUCAAUGAUUUUUUCGUUUCAUCCAAUUUCGGGCACGCCGACAACUUAUGAAUCAUCAUCGUCGGAAGACACGCCACCAUCAACGUCGUCAUCACUGAGAGGCAACUUGUUGCCCUACAAAGUGACCAAUGCCAUCAUGUUGGCUCAGUUUGAUGUCCACUUUCUCCAUCCUCUCCUUCUCAUCGAUGACCAGAACAAGGUCCACGUGGUACCCAGCAGCGCAUUUGAACAAGUGCGCAAAUUAUCUUCAUCGCUUUUCACGUUUAUUGCUGAUGGGGCGAAGGGUUCGGUUGAUGGUUUCAGACUUGUGCCAGCUCGUGAUGGGUUGUGGGCACAAUCUACAUGGUCAGUUGAUGUGGGCGCAAGUGGUCAGACGAUAUCUGCUGUUUAUUCUAAGCAUCCUAAUGAACAUGUACAUUCCAUUGGGAUUGUCCUAGAGGAUAGAAGCGUGUUGUACAAAUAUCUGAACCCCAAUCUGAUCGUUGUCGUGACCGAGGGUGAAGAUGCAGAACAGAAGGAAACACUUCAAAAAGGCGUGUUCAGCGUACAUCUGAUAGAUGGAGUAACGGGCGAUCUGAUCUUCCACUGCGUGCACAGGAAAGCUAGAGGACCCGUCAACCUUAUUCAUUCUGAAAACUGGAUCGUCUAUAGUUACUGGAAUCAGAAGCACAGACGCAACGAACUUGCUGUGCUGGAGUUGUAUGAAGGGGAAAGGCAGUCUAAUGCCUCUGCGUUCUCAUCAUUACAUCAUCCUCCCCAACCAAUAGUGAUGCGUCAGGCUUACAUCUUCCCAAGCCACAUAACCACACUCGGUGUCUCUAUGACUGAAAAGGGACUGACUAACAAGGAAAUUUUGUUUGCCAUGGAGUCGGGUUCCAUACUUGGCCUACCAAAAGUUUUCAUUGAUCCAAGAAGACCAGAAGUUGUGUCUCCGGAAAGCAGAGAGGAAGGCUUAAUUCCAUACAUGCCUGAAUUGCCAAAACCAGCAGAUCGCAUCAUCAACUACUACCAACUGGUGCACGACAUCAGGCACAUCAAGACUGCUCCAUCAGGACUCGAAUCAACCAGCCUUGUCUUCUGCUUUGGAUUGGAUUUGUUCUUCACUCGAGUUACUCCGUCAAAGAUGUUUGACGUCUUGAAAGAGGACUUUGAUUACUUCUUCAUAAGCAGUGUGCUCAUUGGCAUGAUUGUUGUUUCCAUUGUCAGUCAGAAAUUGGCCCAGAGAAAACUUUUGCACAGGGCAUGGAAGUGA